AUGUGGUCAAUACGAUCUCUUCUAAUGAAAUCAAAAGCAGAGAAGUUGAUCUCUCUUAACUUCUGGCAAAUACCCAGAAAGGUAAUAAUUUCGAUGACUAUUUGCAUUGCAAUAGUUUUUCUUAUCAUCCAAUGCAUCUGGAUGAGUAGCUCGGAUAGCAUUUCACCCCUUUUAUAUUUUAAUUCCAAUAAAGCUUAUGUCCUUAAAAAGGAAGAUUUGGCAAAAGCUGAGAUAAUUAAAACAAAUCUUGAUGUUCUUUCCGGCAAUGGCCCAAUUACUCCGGAAAUUGCAGCACAAGAUUAUUUAUCAAGUAAUAUUACUGGAUAUGUUUCUAAUAUAUCAAUGAAGAAACUUAACGCAAGAAAAGAGAAAGGUAAACCAGGUAAUAAUAAUAAUAAUACGCCAACAAAUACCAAUAAUGUAUACGAUUCAGAAGUGUCCUGCCAAGAUUUAUCCUAUAAUUCCCAUAUGGAAUACUCCAAGAACGCCAUAGUAAUGGAUGAUAAUUUAUUAUCCACCAGAAGAGAACUAAUAAGAAAACACAACUGGCUGAGUCCAGAGAUUCAGGAUGAAAAACAUGACAAGCAUAUGACAGAAGAGGAAAUUGUAGAGAAACAAUGGUUUAGUUUUGGGGGUUCCGCGAUUUGGUUAGAGAGUGAACAGUGCUAUUUAGUGUACAGUAGAAUUGUAUACUCUAGAAUGAAUCGAAAGAAUCAUCCUCAUCUUUCUUUAGUAAGAGGCCAAGCAUUUGAUAAAAAUUGGAAUGAGAUAUUUGGCAAAAAUAUAUCGUACUUAGAUGUAAUCAAGCCAAAGAAUAUAGAAUCUGAAUUGAGAAAAUUAAAUUCCGAAUUAAAUCCUGAAAAUUGUGAAUUACUCAAUUUUAACUCACUAGAAUACGAGGCUUGCAAAACUCGUCAAGUAAGAAACAAAUUAAAGGUUGACCUUAAAAAGGAAAAGAUUCUGUCAAGGUAUGUUAUUUCAUACCCAACCAUUAUUGAAAUCCCAUUCAGUCCUAACAAUGAUUAUAGAGGGCCUGAAGAUGCUCGUGUAAUUUUAAGAUCUGUAAAUGGUAUAGAGGAACCUGUACUUUUGUUUAAUAUGGAUGAACCAGGUGGAGAAGGAAGAAGAAUGUAUAGUUUCUUACCCCAUCGAAAAGUUGACCCACUUGUUAGGUUCAGUCUCUCGGAGCAUAAAUUAAAGGGUAGCGAAAAGAACUGGACCCCCUUUUUCCAUCCAGAUAUAGGAACAGAGAGUUUAUUAUCUAGAGGCUUCAUUUAUUUUAUCUAUACAUUCAGUCCGCUUGAAAUUUUCAAAUGCUCUUUGAACGAUGGUUCCUGUGAUAUUGUGUUUGAUGGACAGACACUAGAUAUCGACGACUCGGACAGUUUUGGUGGUAUGAGAGGAGGAACCCAGUUCAUUUCUCUUCCAAAAGCACUCCCUGCACUACAAAAUAAAAACAUAUGGAUCGGAUUCCCUAAACUCCACAUUACAGAUUGUGGUUGUUCACACAGAUUUUACAGACCAAUGCUAGAUUUGCUUGUAGAAUCAGAUGGGGUUUACCACCAAGAAUUAGUGGUACCAGCCGUAGACUUUGGUAUUGAUGUGUUAUCAUGGGAUUUAAAAGGUACAGAUUGCGGUAGUGACACUAAUAUCCUGAGUCCAAAUUCUAUAGCUUAUUGGGAUAUUGUUGAUCAGGACCCAGUUACUAAACAAUUUGAGGACUAUCUAGUGCUUAGUGUCAGUGAAGCAGACACUGUGACAAAAAUAAUUACAUUAAGAGGAGUGUUGAAUUAUGUUCUGGGAAUAUAUGCACAUCAGGAUAUCGAAGAAAACUUUUCAAUCACAGACCAAUCCAGAGAUAUCAUUGGUAAAACAUUUUCAUGUUUAGUCCAUGAGGCUAAGGAUCAUUGUAAGAUUUAUGGAGAAUCGCAUAAUGGAUUGUUGGAAUCAUAG